AUGUCGGAUCGAAUGGCGCCGAAAUCAGAUACUGAUACAAGAGAAGAGGAGCGCCUUGCCGCCUGCUUCAACUGUAAGAAAUCCAAGCUCAAAUGUGUUCGGCCUAGCGGGUCUUCAACUUGUACGAGAUGCACUCAGCGCUCAAUUCAAUGUUCCGCACCGCUCUUUCACGUAGGUCGACAUAAGGGGGUUAAGAACUCCGAUAGCAAACAUUCGGGCUUAGAAAAGGCCGUCUUUCAGAUUGAGCAAGCCUUAAGAAGGUCUAGCUCUGGCGCUUUAGAUCAGAUACAGACAGCUGAUCAAGCUACCGAAUUACGAUUUCUGCUUGAGAGGAGCCGAGAGAUUUUAGGUAGUGACAAUGGAUUCUCCCGGCGCAUAUCGUCUCAGAAUGGUAUGGAACAUGAUCAAGCGUCCGUGUCUCCCCAGCAGACAUCGACUUCAUUAGGAACAUCACCUUCUCAAACUUGUUCGCGUGACGACUCGGCAGUGCACACCAAGGUCGAGGAAGACCAACUAAGUCUAGACGACGCUGAGAACCCGUUACAACUACUCGCUAGGACGUCUGAGCUCCUAUCAUCCAUAACGCCACAGAUGCAAGGGACCGGAGCAGGACGACUACUCUCUAAAUCCACAUCUAUUCGUGGUGCGGCUGGAGAGGGUGAUGAUCUACAGAAAUUCUUCGGUCGUUUUCAAGCGCGACUAGAUGUUGGCGAAGACCUUGACCCUAUUGAAUUGGGACUCAUCACCCUCACAGAAGCCGAAACAUUAUUCUCUUACUUUUACGAAAAACUCGCGCAUACGCGCUGGGGCAUUGACCCUGUCAUACACACCGUAGACUUUGUUCGAGGUCGUUCAGCUUUUCUGUUGACCUCGAUAGCUGCCGCAUCAGCACUUUUCUCCCCUUCCAUGGAGUCAUUAUACAAAAGGCUCUCAAAUCAUCGGCAAAAGCUCGCCGGUCUUAUCAUGUCGAAACGCUACAAGUCCGUAGAGAUUAUUCUAGCGUUUAUGGUCAAUAUACCAUGGAUAUCGGCCGGUGAGCAUUGGGCCGACGAUGAAACCUCGACCUACCUUUCUAUGGCCCUAACGAUCGCCUUGGACUUGUCCCUGAACAAGGUUAUACUACCUCCAUCCACAGAGCCGCGAAGCCCGAGGGACACUAUUGCUACAUCUGAUUGCAUAUCCGCCCGAAAAGCGCUUGGCAUAGACGGUUUUAUCGAUAUAGAUCCAGACUCUCCGAGGGGCCGCAGGCUUCUUAGAAGAAGGGAGAGGACUUGGCUGUCUCUAUUUGUUCUUGAAAGAGGUGUCUGUCUCGCGAGAGGAAGGAAUUAUGUCCUCCCAAUGUCGCCACUUAUCGAGAAUUGCGACCAAUGGCACCUAAGCGACAUAGCUGAUAGGUGGGAUGGAUCAAUUGUUUCGGUGGCGGUUCUGAGGAGAGACUUGGCAAAUCUGAUCUCGAAAGUAAGAUCAAUAUGUGACAGUUAUGUCAACGGUAACAGCGAAUUAUCUGUUGUUGAUAGAGUAAAAAAUGAAAUCACCUUGUUCUUCGACCGGUGGUAUCAAACUUGGCCUUUACAAUUAGGAGAUCGCGAACAACUUUCGUUGCCCCCGUACGUCGAGAUUCUUGCAUCUCAUACACGAUUAUCACUAUAUAGUUCUGUGAUUAACCAUGGUACUGCGCCUGUGGGGGCACGUCACUUCUUCCGUGCCGCUGGUCUCUCGUCUGCGCUGAAUGUCUUGCGAGUGGCUGUUCAAGGUGAAGGACAGCUUAGAUCGAUGCCCAACAACACCGCCAUCAUGAUAUCAUUCGCUGCCUGCUUUGCCCUCCGAGUCAGUACGGUUGCUGAUGGUCGAAGCUCAAGUCUGGCGCCCAGCAUCAGGGCUCUAAUAGCAGAGACUACGGAUGUGCUAGAGAGAAUAGGAUCGACCCCGAUCCAACGGAAAGGCCUUUCUUGUCUAUUCGCCGGACAGUUAAGACAGAUACUGAAAUACGCAUCGCGCGCUUCAGAAACAGCACAGGCUCUACCGGAGCUAAACGGAGAUGUGACAAAGCACGCCUCCAUCUAUACGGAUUUGAACGCCGCUCACAUAGCAAACCACCAAGGGGCGAUACAAAUGCCGGUAGCAUCGUCAAAUCUACCACCGGACUAUUUAUUAUUCUCUACCAUGUCUAACGAAAACCAACUAGACGAGGCUAUCCACAGCACUGACAUUGGGCUUAAUGCGUUUUGGGAGGAUUUCCAGUUCCAAAGCGCUGACUUGGACUGGAUGGACUGGUCAACUUUCAGCACCUAG